AUGAUGAUCUUAAUUAGUGGCCUAGUCAUAAUUUAACUAUUCUUCGAGGGUUUAUGCUUUAGAUCUUUUAAAAAUGAAUUUAAUCCAGAGAUAUUUCAACGUUAAUGUCCUGGUUCUCAUUAAUAUUGGCCAGGUAUUCAUCCUCAUAUGUGCGCAGGUAUUGAUGUAUAUAUAUAUUUAGGUGUUCCAAGAGAUUGUGAUGGGACAACAGAGCUUAAAUAGUUGAUAAUAAAUGAGGAAGAAGUAGUGUGUCAUCCUUAGAUAAAAGGUUAUAUAUUAUAUGGGAAUGAUGAUACUCAUUUACUUCUAGGAUGGUGGCCAUUUAUUAUGGUCUAUUCUUAUGAUCAAAAUGGAAAUUUAAUUUUUACAACUGAGGAUUAAUCUAUAUUAUAUGAUUAUGGUUGCAUAAUUGGACAACAAUAUUCUGGAAUUUAUAAAUGCAUAUAUUGUAGUGGAACAAAUUAUGGUGAAAAUUGUGCAAGUUCUACUACUGCACUUUGUAAAAAUAUUAAUUAAUUUGAAAGAAUGCGGUCAAUAUUGUAAAACAUGCGAUUCUACCAAUACGAAAUGUGCUACUUGUAUUGAUGGUCAUUCUAAAUUAAGUAGUACUGAUUAUAAAUGUUCAUUAGGUAGAUUAUUAUUAUUAUUAUUAGCAUGUUAAGUAGGUCAUAAAACUUGUUAAAAAAGUGGAACUACUUAUACAUUCAAUGGUUGUAUUGAUGGUUAUGAAUUAAAAAAUGGACAAUGCAUUUGUAUGAUAUUUAUUACUAUAUUUAGAAUGUCCAAGUAAUUGUAAAAUUUGUAAUUCAGGAGUUUGUUCAUAGUGUAUGUGGCCUUAUUCUUUAGAAAAUUCUUUAUGUUUUGAAGAUAGGAAUUGCAUGAAAUAUGAUUAUGUAUAUGAUUCUUAAGCAAAACCAAUUGGUACUAAUUGUCAAUAAUGUGAUGUUGGAUAUUUUAAAAAAGGAACUCGAUGUGCUUGUAAUAAUAUUGUUAAUUUUAAUAGCUUGUUAAGAAUAACCAGGAUUAGAAAAAUGUUUCAUUUGUGAUAAUGCUAAUUAAUGUAAAGGUUGUUUUGCAACACACUAUUUAACUGCUGAUAAAAAAUGUGCUCUUUAUACUGGUACAUGCAAUUUACCUUGUCAAACUUGUUUAGUAACAGAUGCCAAUUACUGUACAACCUGUUUUUAUCAGAAGAAACUAACCGCAAGAAUUGUUCCAGGAAAAUGUGUUUGUGAUUAACUUACUGGAUAUGCUGAUUUAAAUGGAGUAUGUCUUCUUUGCAAAACUGGAUUAUGUUUAACAUGCACUUUAAAAUUUGAAGAAUGUACCUCUUGUGAUCCUUUACUAAAAAGAGGUCUUGUUGGAAACAAGUGUCCAUGUCUAUAAGGAUACUAUGAUACUGGAUUAGAAGAUAAAAUUUGUUAAAGUAUAAAUAAAAAUGAAAAAUUAUAGAAUGUUAACUUUCAUGUUAUAAUUGUUCAGGACCAUAUGAUACAGAUUGUACUGAUUGUGGAGAUCCAAAUAUUUAUUACAAAUAAUUGAUUAGUGGAUAAUGUAUUUGCGCUUAACGAACAAUUGCGAUCAACUAAAGUAAUGGAUAAACAUUAUGUCAACGUAUAUAUAGUGUAAAGAAUUUAGCUUGUCAUCCAAGAUGUGAAAAAUGUUAAUUCCCAUAUGAUAAUUCUUCAAAUCAAUAUUGCACUAUGUGUAUAGCAGGACAAUAUAGAGUUGUCUCUGAUGAUUUUAAAUGUAUUUGUAAAAAUGGAUAUGGAGAUGAUGGCAUUGUGGAUAUAUGUUUUAGUACAUUUAAUAUGAUAUUUUUAAGAAUGUCAUUAUUCAUGUUUAAGUUGCAAUGGACCUCUAUCUACUAAUUGCACUUCAUGUUCUAGCGAUACAAAUCGGCAUUUAACUUCGAAUAAUGAAUGUUAAUGUAAUUUAGCUUACUAUGACACUGGGAAAAAUGAUAUAGUUUGUUAUUGUAAUAAGAAUAAAAUACAAUAUUUUAGUUGGUUGUCAUCACUCUUGUGUAAAUUGUAUUAGUGAAGGAGAAGAUAAGUGUACAAGUUGUCCAUCUACCAGAUAUUCAGAUAGAAUUGGUUCAACAUUUAAAUGUUUGUGCAAGGAUCCACACUAUUAUAGUGAUGAAUUUUCAUUAGAAUGUUUAGAAUGCCAUUUUACUUGUAAAACAUGCAAUGGAGUUAAAGAAACAAAUUGUUUAACUUGUGAUUUAAACUAUAGAUAACUCAUAAUAUCUAAAUGUGAUUGUCCAUAUGGAUACUAUGAUAUAGGUUAAUUACAAUGCUAAUGUAUUAUUUUAAAUAUAAUUUUAGAAUGUUAUUACACAUGCAAGACCUGCUUUGGAACUUAGAUCAAUAAUUGCAUAACAUGUUCAAAUGAAACCAAUAGAAUAGUUAAAGCAAAUAAAUGUGUAUGUAAGGAUGGCUAUUUAGAAAAAUAAUUUGGUGAUUAAAUAUGUUAAAGUAAUUAUUUCUUUAAAACUUAGAAUGCUCAUAUAGAUGUUCCUCUUGCACUGUAGCAUUAGAUCGAUGUGAUAAAUGUCCAGAUUCAUCAUUUAGAGAUCUUGGAGUUGAUAAUUCCUGUUUGUGUCCUCCUAGAACUUAUGAUUAGCCUGGUAAUCCAAUAUGCAUAAGUACUAAUUAAUUUUAGAUUUAGUUUGUCAUAAUACUUGCUUAACAUGUAAUGGUAAUUAAUCAAAUUAAUGUACUUAAUGCAAUUCUUUAACUGGAAGAUAAUUAAAUGAUAAAGGCGAAUGCAUAUGUGCUUUAUAAUAUUUUGAUAACGGACAAUCUUAAUGUUUAGGUAUUAAUUUUGAUUAAUAAUUUAUAAGCCUGUAGUUCUUUAUGUCUAUAAUGUAAAUCUUCUGCAGAUAAUUGUACAUAAUGUCAGUCCGAUAAAUAUUUAAACCGAAAUACUUGUGCAUGCAAAACAAAACUUUAAGGCUUAUCAAUAUCUACAUAUCUGAGUUCAACUUAAUAACAAUGUCAACGUAAUCAUAUUAAAAUUAAAAAAGCCUGUCAUUAUACUUGUUUGACAUGUACUGGACGCUUAUCUUUAGAAUGUGAUUCUUGUUUGGAUGUUGAUAAUAGAUAUCUAUAAGGUACAACUUGCAUUUGUAAAACAAAUCACUUUGAUGUAGGAAUAGCUAAAUGUGUUUGUAAUAUUUAACAUUUAUAUUAGAAUGUAAUUAUAGAUGUCAAACUUGUGCAGUAUUAGAUACUUUAUGUUUAACUUGUCCUCCUUUAAGUUUAAGAGUAUUAGUUAAUUCCUAAUGUUAAUGUCAACCAGGUUAUUAUGAUAAUGGAAUAAAUUCUAUUUGUUAGAGUAAUUAAAAAUUUAAUCCUUUAGAAUGUCAUUAUUCAUGUUUAACUUGUUCUUAAAUAGCAACAAAAUGUGAAACAUGUUCAGCAUAAUGGAAAAGGUCAUUUAACAAUAUUUUAAAUUCUUGUCUUUGUUUUGAUAAUUAUUUUGAUAUUGGAGUUGAAAUUUGCUAAUAAUGUCAUUAUUCCUGUUUGAAUUGCUAAGGAUAAGAUUCAAAUUAUUGUAAGACAUGCAUUGAUUAGAAUGUUUCAUUUAGGGUAUUCAAUGGAGGAAUAUGUUAAUGUCUUAUAGGUUAUUAUGAUGAUGGAAUAUCUGUUAUUUGUAAAAAAUGUUAGAUUUAAUGCACAACUUGUAAGACUUAAUCAUAUUUCUGUACAUCAUGUCCAAUUACACGACAUUUGAAUGGAAACAAAUGUGAUUGUGAUUCAAGUUAUUAUGAAGCUGGACUAGAAUAAUGUCUUAAAUGUGAUUAAAAUUGUGUAGAUUGUACUACUUCUUCUACUAAUUGUACUAAAUGUGAUUCGUCUUAAUUAAAAAGUUUAGACAAUCUUACUCGAAAAUGUUUAUGUUAAAUAGGCACAACCGAUAUUAAUGGUAUUUGUUAAUAAUGUGAUAACUCUUGUUAGACAUGUUUGAAUUCCCUCACUAAUUGCACAUCUUGUAGUUUAAUGAAAUAAUUAUAAAAUAAUAAAUGCAUUUGUAUAGAUGGUACAUAUGAAACAGGGAUUGAUAAAAAAUGUUUACCUUGCAAUUAAGCAUGUAAGACAUGUUUAAAUAAAGAAAAUUAUUGUUUAACUUGUUCAGCAGAUAGUUUUAGAAUCUUUAAAGCUGGAAAUAUAUGUGUUUGUCAAAAUGGAUAUUUUGAAAAUUCAUCUAAUUAAUGUAUAUCUUGUGAUUAAUCUUGUCUUACUUGUUAAGGUAGUUCUACAUAUUGUUUAUCAUGUGAUCCUGCUUUUAAUUUAUAAUUAAGUAAUUAAAAUAAAUGCAUUUGUAAGUCUAGUUAUUAUUUUAAUAUUGCCUCUAAAAAAUGUGAAAGUAAAUGAUUUAUAAAAAUAAAAAUAGGUUGUAAUGUAACAUGUAAGGAAUGUCAAAAUACAUAAAAAUGUAUUGAAUGUGAACCAAUUAGUAGAUUUUAUGAUCCAGAUAAUUUUAAAUGUUUAUGUAAAGAUGGUUAUUAUGAAGCAAAUGAAAAAAUGUGUUAAUGUAAUAAUUAUAUUGAUAAAUAGUAUGUGAUUUGAGUUGUAAAACAUGUAUAAAUUAAAAAAUAAAUUGUUUAACAUGUGAAUCAUUAUAUUUUAGAUUGUUCAAUAAUAAUAGUAAUUAAUGUCUUUGUUUAGAUGGUUAUUAUGAUGUUGGUAUUGAAAUGUGUUAAAAAUGUAAUAAUUUAUGUAAAACUUGUUAAUAAAUAUCAACUAAAUGUUUAUCUUGUUAUGAAAAUGAAUAAAUAAGAAUAUUAAAUAAUAAUUAAUGUUAAUGUAAAUCUGGAUAUUUUGAUAAUGGAUAAUUAAUAUGUGAAAGUAAUUAUUAUUAUUUAUUUAUGAAUUUUAGAAUGUUCUAAAUCUUGUUUAACAUGUUAAGGAAAAAAUGAUUAUUGUACAAGUUGUGAUAUCAAUUUAAAUAGAAUAGAUUAAUCACCAAUUCAUAAAUGUCCAUGUUAAACUAAUUUCUAUUAAGAUUAAAAUGAAAUUUGUUAAAGUAUAUAUAUUAUAUAUAUAUUAGAAUGUCAUAUUAAAUGUUCUGGAUGUAUAUCAUAAAAAGAUAAAUGUAUAAGUUGUAAAACAUCAAGUACAUCUAAUAGAUUAUCAAUUACAUAAAAUUGUGAUUGUAUUGAUGGAUAUUAUGAUGAUGGUGUUUAAUUUUAAUGUUAAAAAUGUAGUUAUUAAUGUAAAACUUGUACACAAUCCCCAUAAAAUUGUUUAUUAUGUCUUAGUAAUUUAAGAGAAAUAAUUCCUACAUGUAAUUGCAAAUCUGGAUAUUUUUAAAAUGAAUAAUAAACAUGUGAAUGUAUUUAUAUUCUAUUAUUAAUAUAGUAUGUGAAAAUCAAUGUAAUACAUGUGAAAAAUUAUCAUAUAAUUGUACAAGUUGUAAAGGUAUUAGAAUAAAUAAAACUUGUGAUUGUUUAGAUGGAUAUUUUGAAGCAGGAUAACCUGAUUGUAUAAGUAAUCCUUAUUAAUUAAUAUUUAUAGAAUGUGAUUUUUAAUGUUUAACAUGUAAAGGAAAUUAAUCUUAUUGUUUAUUAUGUAAAGGUGAUCGUAUUAAUAUUCCAUUUUGUAAUUGUUAAGAUGGAUAUUAUGAUGAUUUCUAAAGUCUUGAUUGUUAACAAUGUGAUCCAAAUUGUAAAACUUGUAAUCUAGAGGGAUGUUUAAUUUGUAAUGGAAAUAGGGUAUUAUCAGAAGAAAAAACUUGUGAUUGUCCUUAAAAUUCAGUAAGUCACCCAGAAACACCAUGGUGUUCAAGUAAAUGAAUUUUAUUAACAUUUAUAGCUUGUGAAGUUGCUGUUUUGGAUAUUCGUUUUUCUGAUGAUUUACUUUCAGUCAAAGUGCUAUUUGAUUUUAAUUUGAAUCCAAAUUAUUUUUCCUCUUAGUUUUAAGAGAAUGUUUGUUAUAAAUUUUUAGCCGAUGAAACUAUUAAAUUAUUAGGAAAGAAUCCUAAUUGUAAAUUAGAUUAGGAAAAUUAUAAAUAAUUAAUAUUGAAUUUAGGUGUUAAUGCUGCAAUACUUCCAGGAGAUUCAAUUAUAUUUAUUGACUCUUAUUUUGGCCAUAAAGAUUGCUCAAGCAAAUUAGAUUUAUUUGUUUUAAAUAAAGUUUAAAGUCCUCUUAACCCAGUAUCACCUGUAAUAUCAUAUGAUAUACCUCAAUAUUUACUUAAUNUAAAUAUCAACUAAAUGUUUAUCUUGUUAUGAAAAUGAAUAAAUAAGAAUAUUAAAUAAUAAUUAAUGUUAAUGUAAAUCUGGAUAUUUUGAUAAUGGAUAAUUAAUAUGUGAAAGUAAUUAUUAUUAUUUAUUUAUGAAUUUUAGAAUGUUCUAAAUCUUGUUUAACAUGUUAAGGAAAAAAUGAUUAUUGUACAAGUUGUGAUAUCAAUUUAAAUAGAAUAGAUUAAUCACCAAUUCAUAAAUGUCCAUGUUAAACUAAUUUCUAUUAAGAUUAAAAUGAAAUUUGUUAAAGUAUAUAUAUUAUAUAUAUAUUAGAAUGUCAUAUUAAAUGUUCUGGAUGUAUAUCAUAAAAAGAUAAAUGUAUAAGUUGUAAAACAUCAAGUACAUCUAAUAGAUUAUCAAUUACAUAAAAUUGUGAUUGUAUUGAUGGAUAUUAUGAUGAUGGUGUUUAAUUUUAAUGUUAAAAAUGUAGUUAUUAAUGUAAAACUUGUACACAAUCCCCAUAAAAUUGUUUAUUAUGUCUUAGUAAUUUAAGAGAAAUAAUUCCUACAUGUAAUUGCAAAUCUGGAUAUUUUUAAAAUGAAUAAUAAACAUGUGAAUGUAUUUAUAUUCUAUUAUUAAUAUAGUAUGUGAAAAUCAAUGUAAUACAUGUGAAAAAUUAUCAUAUAAUUGUACAAGUUGUAAAGGUAUUAGAAUAAAUAAAACUUGUGAUUGUUUAGAUGGAUAUUUUGAAGCAGGAUAACCUGAUUGUAUAAGUAAUCCUUAUUAAUUAAUAUUUAUAGAAUGUGAUUUUUAAUGUUUAACAUGUAAAGGAAAUUAAUCUUAUUGUUUAUUAUGUAAAGGUGAUCGUAUUAAUAUUCCAUUUUGUAAUUGUUAAGAUGGAUAUUAUGAUGAUUUCUAAAGUCUUGAUUGUUAACAAUGUGAUCCAAAUUGUAAAACUUGUAAUCUAGAGGGAUGUUUAAUUUGUAAUGGAAAUAGGGUAUUAUCAGAAGAAAAAACUUGUGAUUGUCCUUAAAAUUCAGUAAGUCACCCAGAAACACCAUGGUGUUCAAGUAAAUGAAUUUUAUUAACAUUUAUAGCUUGUGAAGUUGCUGUUUUGGAUAUUCGUUUUUCUGAUGAUUUACUUUCAGUCAAAGUGCUAUUUGAUUUUAAUUUGAAUCCAAAUUAUUUUUCCUCUUAGUUUUAAGAGAAUGUUUGUUAUAAAUUUUUAGCCGAUGAAACUAUUAAAUUAUUAGGAAAGAAUCCUAAUUGUAAAUUAGAUUAGGAAAAUUAUAAAUAAUUAAUAUUGAAUUUAGGUGUUAAUGCUGCAAUACUUCCAGGAGAUUCAAUUAUAUUUAUUGACUCUUAUUUUGGCCAUAAAGAUUGCUCAAGCAAAUUAGAUUUAUUUGUUUUAAAUAAAGUUUAAAGUCCUCUUAACCCAGUAUCACCUGUAAUAUCAUAUGAUAUACCUCAAUAUUUACUUAAUCCCUGUGAUGAUAACACCAUUUUAAUAAGUUAAAAAACAAAUGAUGGCCUAAGAAGUUUAAUAAACAUAGCAUGGUCUUAUUAAGUAGAAGGGUAAAAUGGUUAUGGUAAUCUAAAAGAAUUAGUUUAACAUUAAACUAAUCUAUAACUAUUAGAUCUAGUCAUUCCAAUUUAAACCCUUCCGAAACAAUCAAAAAUAACAUUCUUUGUUGAAUUUCAAAAUUUUAUUAAUUAAAAAGGGUAGUAAUAAAUUUAAGUUUAAACACAUUCUGGACAAUUACCAACUGUACUUUGGUUAGGUAAGAAAUAUUAUUAUACUUUUGAAAUAAUUGAUUUAUAGUUUACAAUCUAGAAAAAAUCAUGUACUAAUUCAACUUAAAGUUAGAAUGAUAAGUCUUAAUAUUCAGUAUCAUUAGUUGAAAUUUAUAGGAAUAAUUCUAAUUCCAGACCAUCAAGAGUAGAUGUUUCAUAAAUAAUAAAUGAAAGUACUUUUUAAGUGACAAUCUUAAAAUAUACAUUAUCCCCUAAAACUGCAUAUACAUUCUUAAUGGAAACUAAAGAACCCUAAACCACUUUUUCGUUUUCUCAAAACGUAACCAUUCAAAUAACUCCAGGAGGUCUACUAUGCUAAUUUUUUGGCAUUAAUAAGAUUCAAAAUUAUCAAAAGGAUUCUACUAUAAAUAUUUAAUGUAAAGAUCUUGAUACUUAAUAUCAAUGGAAUGAAGACUAAGAAAUUACAAUCGAAGUUAGCUGUGCUGACUUAACACAAAAUAGCCCUUGCAAAGAUAUGAAUAACAAGAUCAUUGAAAUAAACAAAACAGACUCUAUUUAAAUUAUCCCCAAACUAACUGUUAAGCCGUAUUCUAUAUGGUCAUGGACUGUUAUAGCAACAAAAUAAUCAUAUCAAUAAUAAUUUAAAUAAAAUAUAGUAUUUUUGGAUAAUGAUUUCNAGGGUAUUAUCAGAAGAAAAAACUUGUGAUAGUCCUUAAAAUUCAGUAAGUCACCCAGAAACACCAUGGUGUUCAAGUAAAUGAAUUUUAUUAACAUUUAUAGCUUGUGAAGUUGCUGUUUUGGAUAUUCGUUUUUCUGAUGAUUUACUUUCAGUCAAAGUGCUAUUUGAUUUUAAUUUGAAUCCAAAUUAUUUUUCCUCUUAGUUUUAAGAGAAUGUUUGUUAUAAAUUUUUAGCCGAUGAAACUAUUAAAUUAUUAGGAAAGAAUCCUAAUUGUAAAUUAGAUUAGGAAAAUUAUAAAUAAUUAAUAUUGAAUUUAGGUGUUAAUGCUGCAAUACUUCCAGGAGAUUCAAUUAUAUUUAUUGACUCUUAUUUUGGCCAUAAAGAUUGCUCAAGCAAAUUAGAUUUAUUUGUUUUAAAUAAAGUUUAAAGUCCUCUUAACCCAGUAUCACCUGUAAUAUCAUAUGAUAUACCUCAAUAUUUACUUAAUCCCUGUGAUGAUAACACCAUUUUAAUAAGUUAAAAAACAAAUGAUGGCCUAAGAAGUUUAAUAAACAUAGCAUGGUCUUAUUAAGUAGAAGGGUAAAAUGGUUAUGGUAAUCUAAAAGAAUUAGUUUAACAUUAAACUAAUCUAUAACUAUUAGAUCUAGUCAUUCCAAUUUAAACCCUUCCGAAACAAUCAAAAAUAACAUUCUUUGUUGAAUUUCAAAAUUUUAUUAAUUAAAAAGGGUAGUAAUAAAUUUAAGUUUAAACACAUUCUGGACAAUUACCAACUGUACUUUGGUUAGGUAAGAAAUAUUAUUAUACUUUUGAAAUAAUUGAUUUAUAGUUUACAAUCUAGAAAAAAUCAUGUACUAAUUCAACUUAAAGUUAGAAUGAUAAGUCUUAAUAUUCAGUAUCAUUAGUUGAAAUUUAUAGGAAUAAUUCUAAUUCCAGACCAUCAAGAGUAGAUGUUUCAUAAAUAAUAAAUGAAAGUACUUUUUAAGUGACAAUCUUAAAAUAUACAUUAUCCCCUAAAACUGCAUAUACAUUCUUAAUGGAAACUAAAGAACCCUAAACCACUUUUUCGUUUUCUCAAAACGUAACCAUUCAAAUAACUCCAGGAGGUCUACUAUGCUAAUUUUUUGGCAUUAAUAAGAUUCAAAAUUAUCAAAAGGAUUCUACUAUAAAUAUUUAAUGUAAAGAUCUUGAUACUUAAUAUCAAUGGAAUGAAGACUAAGAAAUUACAAUCGAAGUUAGCUGUGCUGACUUAACACAAAAUAGCCCUUGCAAAGAUAUGAAUAACAAGAUCAUUGAAAUAAACAAAACAGACUCUAUUUAAAUUAUCCCCAAACUAACUGUUAAGCCGUAUUCUAUAUGGUCAUGGACUGUUAUAGCAACAAAAUAAUCAUAUCAAUAAUAAUUUAAAUAAAAUAUAGUAUUUUUGGAUAAUGAUUUCAAAAUACUUGAUGUUUAAUAUAGCAAAGGAUAUACAAUAAGACCAAUCAACAAUUAUGAAACAUUGCAAUUCAUCUUUAAUAUUCCUUUUGAAGAUAGAUAUUAUUUACUAUAAUAUGAGAUUGCCAUUAUAUAUAAUUUUGAAUUAAUUAAGAUACUAGAACCAUAAUAUUAUUAAUAUCAUUUUAGAUUAUUUGAUCAUUUUUAAUAGUUUAACAAAGGAAAUUAAUUUAAUUUAAAAUUUUUAGCUUAAUUUACAAAUGAUAUUAUACCUAGCUAAUACGAUUUAUAGUUAACUUUGAAUCAGCCUCCAAUCUGCUCUAUAAAAUUAGAAUUAUAAAGUGUCUAAGCUUUAUAAGCUAAUACAAUUGCAGUUAGUUGCGAAAAAUCAGAUGAUUCUCCAUAUACUUAUCAAUUAAGAUAUUUCUUGAAGAAUUAAGAUUAUAAGGAUUUCUAAAAUUAAUUAUCUGAUUAUUCUUUGAUUCUAAAUACAUUUUCAAAAUCUAAUUCUUUUGAUACUUAUUUACCUUAAAGUGAAGGAAUUGCAUUAAUAUAAAUUAUGGAUUCUAGAGGAUCAAUGGCAAAUAUUGAAUAGUAUCUGAAUAUCACCGAAUUUAAAUUUAAUUGCUCUGAUUUUCUAAUGCAGAAUUUAGUUUAUAAAAAAUAAAUAAUGUUGUUAUUAGAAGUCAUGAUGAAUCAUUAUGAUUAAUCUGAUUGUGUGAAAAUUUCAGAAUAAUUACUUGAAUAGAUUAAGAGUUAUAUAGAUUCAGAGGCUCUAUUUGAUUAAUUAUUGGCUCUUCAGACAAUAAUACUAUAUAAGAGAUUUAUGUUAGAUUUCAAUAAUUUACCUUCUAUUUCAAAGAGAAAAUUAACUGAAAUUGAUUUGAAAAGUUGUUAUGAUAAUAAGACAAAAUUAAUAUUAAUUAAUCAUUCUGAAGUUAAAAAGUAUUCAUCAAAUGAUAUAAAAACUUUUGAAUAAGAACUUUCAAAAAUAAAAAAAUUUUACAAAAACAUUAUUUUAGAAAAAUAAAAUAUUGAAAUUCAGAUAAAAUAAAAUGAUAUCUUUAUAAAUGAAUUACUAUUUUAAUCAAAAGAAUAAAUUUCAAAUUCAUUAGCUGCUAUUAUUCUAUUUGUUGAUGAUCUUUUAAAAAAAAUAUCUGACACAUCUUUAAUAUCUGAUCAAGAUAAAAACUCAAUAAUUACUUUAUCAGAACAAUCUAUUAAUCUAAUAGAUGAAAUUGGGACCAAUCUAAGUGUAUAAGCACCAGUUAAUGGUUAAAGAUUUAUAUUAGAGGGUUAAAAAAUAAAAUUUCAAUUAGCCAGAAUAACUAAAGAUGUUUUCAAUUAAUAAUAAGGCUUAGAAAAAGACUUAGUGGAUGGUUUAAUAGUAUUUGUUUAAAAAGAAUAAUUAGAUAUACGUUUCAAUUAUUUAAAUAUCUCUAAUAAACAUUUAUAAGAAAUAAAAACAUUUUUUAACUAUUCUAAAAUUGAAAUUGAGUAGAAUUAUUACACAAAAACCAAAUUACAAAACUACCUUUACUAAAAUUAGUUUAUUGGUUAUGAAAAAUUACAGAAGGAUUAUCUUGUUGAUUUCACUUAAUACCCAUAUUGUGUAGAUACAUCUUUACCUGCCUAUAAUUUUUAAUGUGUUUAGUAUAAUGAAAAGGGUUCACUAUCAUAGUGUAAUUUAAUAAUUUCUGAGAAUAAUAGUAAUAAAUCUAUCUCAGCUUCUUGUUAAUGUUCUGAAUUAGGAAUUAUAUUUUUAAUAAGAUUUUAAAAUUAAUCAGAAAAUGAAUAAGAAUUAAUCAAUAUUUCUAAAAUGAAUGAAAAUAAGGAUUCCAUGUGUAAUUUAAGUUAAUAAGUUUUUAUUUUAUUUCAUGGAAUUUAUAUAGUAUUUACAUUUUUCAUGUAUUAUGAAUUACAAAAAUUUGAGAAACAAUUGAAAAUUUAAUCAAAUAUAGGUACUGAAUAAUCUUGUAGUGCAACUGAUCAACUAACAAAGGAUCUAACUAAACGUAAUAAAUAUCAAACUAUUCAAAGAAUUUUUUAAUUUUCUAUAAAGGUAAUUAUAAAAAAUAUGUUAGUUUAUACAUGAAAUAAUGUGUCUAUUUUAUUGUGAUGACAAAAUUAUUAAAAAAAGUUAUAGAUUCUUAAAACUGUCCAACUUUUUAAGUAUUUUAAUUCCUUUGUCAUUUGUUGAAACUUUGUUUAUCGAAGAAAUGACUUGGAUUACUAUUUUGAUUUUAAAUUACUUAAUAUUACAAAUUCUAAGAAUAGUUUUUAAGAUAUUUGAAUCGAUUUAUAGAUUUUAAGGCAUAUUUAAGAUUAUUAUAAUAACUUUGUAUUUUAUAAUCCAUUUAUUGUCUUAUUUUCUAUUUAUUUAUUAAUACAAUAAAAGGUAAGCAUUUUUAAUAUUUUAGAAAUGAAUGUUCUCUAGAAUUAAAUUAUAAAAUGUCAAUCUUAAUAGGAGGUACUGUUUUAUUAAGUUAUGUUAUCUUGGACCCUAUAGUUAUUUACAUGAGAGUUUUAAUUUACAAAUAUAUCGACUCAAUAAAUCAAUAAUAAGGUUUCAAUCCAUUUAGCCGAUUAAUAUACUUUUUUAUUUAGCAUUAUAAGUUGGAUCAGAUUUUUAAGGAUUUCAUUGAAUUAUGA